AUUGCUAAAGUGAAGAAUGCAAUUGAAAUUUUUUUAACCAAACAGAUAAAUGGCUCUGCAAACUUCUCUUUCAAUGAAGAAGAGAUGAAAACGGUCAUGGAUUUUUUGGAUGAGCCUCUUGAACACGUGUAUCCGUCUCCUGGGCCAGUAGAAGUUUUAGCCACGGUGACAGAAUCACUCACAGGUAUCUCAAGAAAUGCAAGCUCCAAUGUAUUUUUCAAGCAACAUGAUUACAUCAUCGAAUUUUUUUAUUAUGCUACGGUCUUGAAGCCAUCUCUCAACUUCACAGCUGCUGUGAAGGUAACCCGUUCUGAUGGCCAUCAACUGACUCCUGAAGAAAGAAGCAAUCAUGUAGUCAUAACGGCGACACAGAGAAUCUAUACUGAGAAACUAUACUGGAGCAGAUGGGACAGGACAGAUCAGGAAAUAGGGACUGUCCAGGUCACAAAUCAUACUGUCCCGCAAAAUGGAAUCUUCAAGAUUGAAUUCCGAAUCCUGGACGAUUGCAGUGAGCUGCAAUUGAAGGCCUGUUUUCUGGAUAGUGUGGAUAGUAUCGCAGUUCACGGCAUGUUUAAAUCUCCUAGCAAAACCAUCCAGCUAAAAACAAGAGAUGAAAAUAUAAAGGUGGGAUCACCUUUUGAGUUGGUGGUUAGUGGCAACAAGCAAUUGAAGGAGGUAAGCUAUAUGGUGGUGUCCAGGGGACAGUUGGUGGCUGUAGGCAAGCAAAAUUCAACAGCCUUCUCCUUAACACCAGAAAAUUCUUGGGCUCCAAAAGCCUGCAUCAUUGUGUAUUACAUUGAAGAUGAUGGGGAAAUUAUAAAUGAUGUUCUCAGAAUUCCUGUUCAGCUUGUUUUUAAAAAUAAGAUACAGCUGUUUUGGAGUAAAGCUAAUGCUGAACCAUCUGAGAAAGUCUCUCUGCGGAUCUCUGUGACACAGCCAGGCUCAGCAGUCGGGAUUGUAGCUGUCGACAAAAGUGUGAAUCUGCUGAAUGUCUCAAAUGAUAUCACAAUGGAAAAUGUGGCCCAUGAAUUCGAACUUUAUAACACAGACUACUAUUUAGGGAUGUUUAUGAAUUCUUUUGCAGUCUUUCAGGAGUGUAGCCUCUGGAUAUUGACAGAUGCAAACCUUGCAAAGGGUGACAUUGAUGGUGUUUAUGAUGGUAUAGAUCCGGUCCAGUUUUUGGAGAAACAGGAAGGAUAUUUGGUCAAUUUUCAUGACUCUUCUUCAGGUAGCAGUCCACGUGUCAGAAAGCAUUUUCCAGAGACCUGGAUUUGGCUAGACACCAACAUGGGGUACAGGAUUUAUCAAGAAUUUGAAGUUACUGUACCUGAUUCUAUCACUUCUUGGGUUGCAACUGCGUUUGUGAUCUCUGAGGAUUUAGGUCUUGGACUGACAACUGCUCCAGUGGAGCUACAAGCCUUCCAGCUGUUUUUCAUCUUUUUGAAUAUUCCCUACUCUGUCAUCAGAGGUGAAGAAUUUGCUUUGGAAGUAACCAUAUUCAAUUAUUUAAAAGAUACCACUGAGGUUAAGGUGAUCAUUGAGAAAAGUGAUGAUUUUGAUACUCUGAUGGCUUCAAAUGAAAUCACUGCCCCAGGAACCUAGCAGACUGUCCUGGUUCCCAGUGAGGAUGGGGCAAAUCUUUUCCCAGUUACACCAGCACACCUGGGAGAAAUUCCUGUCACGGUCACGGCUGUCUCACCUGCUGCUUCUGAUGCCGUCACCCAAAGGCUUUUAGUGAAGGCUGAAGGAAUAGAAAAAUCCUAUUCACAAUCCAUCUUACUAGACUUGAUGGACAGCAGGCAACAGACUUCCCUGAAAACUCUGAGUUUCUCCUUCCCUCCUGAUACAGUGAGCGGUAGUGAAAGAGUUCAGAUCACUGCGAUUGGAGAUAUUCUUGGUUCUUCCAUCUAUGGCUUAGCCUCACUAAUUUGGAUGCCUUAUUGCUGUGCUGAACAGAACAUAAUAAAUUUUCCAAAUAUUUGUGUUUUGGAUUGCCUGACUAAAGAGAAACAACUGACAGAUUUAAGAGAAAAAGCCCUUUCGUUUAUGAGGCAAGUCAGUGUGGUGAUUGUCCUUGUGUUGUUACAAAUGAGGACGGCCCUCCAUUUGGCCUCUGCCAGUGGCCACGGAGGCGUGGUGACUCUUCUCCUGGAGCGAGGCUGCCAGGUCGAUGCGCAGGACAGGAAGAAAAGGACGGCGCUGAUUAAGGCCGUACAGUGCGAGGCGGAGGAGUGCGUGGACAUCCUCCUUAAAAGUGGAGCGAACGUCAAUGCCGCAGAUGUGCUUGGCAACACCGCGCUCCACUAUGCGGCACGCCUCGACACCGCAUCUAUCGCGGAGAAGCUGCUGUCCCACGCCGCGGACAUGGACGCGAAAAACCAGCAGGGGCAUUCACUGGUGCUGGUGGCCACGCGGCCCACCACGUACACCCCAGGGUCUUCCGUGCUCAGCCUGGUGCAGCUCCUCAGCGGGGCUGUGGCUCUGUGUGGGCAGCAGUUGAUGGCAAAGCUGGUCCGCCUGCUUUUCCUCCGGGACAUCCGUUACCUCCCGCCACUGCAGCCCUGCCAGGAAUGCCCUCCGCUGACAUAA